GAGGCAGUGCGCGCUGCUACGGCACCACGACUCCUUUUGUCUUGGAUUCUCUGUCAUCAUUAUAUUUGUAUUUUAUUUUAUUUUCCGUGAGUAGAGUUUCUUGGCGGAUUGUCCACGCACACUGAGUGAGAUCAUCCCAGGCUUUGGUGAGUGACCAUGACUCCCCUGCUGAUCUGCGCUCUGAUUUCACUGAGUCUAGCAGAAGACUUGGACAUCCUGUAUCCCAACCUGGAGCACUCCAGAACCAUCUAUGUCACAGAGAAUGGGCCUCGCCUCUCAGUGGUGGCAGAGCAGUCUAAAGUGCUGUCAAGGCGAGGCGGGAAUGCUACUUUACCAUGCAAGAUCCAAAGAGACCCAUCACUUGCACCCAACCCGAAGAUGAGGAUCAAAUGGACUAAGCUGACCUUUGACUUCCUGAAAGAGGUGGACGUUUUUGUCUCCAUGGAUUAUCACAAAAAGAGUUACGGACGUUUUCAUGGGCGUGUCCACCUACAAGGCUUCUCUCCAUUGGACGCCUCUUUGGUCAUUACAGACAUCACUCUGGAGGACAGUGGGAUAUAUAAAUGUGAAGUUAUUGACGGGCUGGAAGAUGGAACAGCAGUGGUGUCCCUUGACCUACAAGGUGUGGUUUUUCCUUACUUCCCUCGGUUGGGUCGAUACAAUCUUAAUUUCUAUGAUGCAGAAAGAGCAUGUAGUGACCAGGAUGCCAUUGUGGCAUCCUUCAACCAGCUGUACGAUGCAUGGCGAGAAGGCCUGGAUUGGUGCAAUGCUGGCUGGUUGAGUGAUGGCUCUGUCCAGUAUCCCAUAACCACAUCCAGGGAACCCUGUGGAGGCAAGAAUACAGUGCCAGGGAUCCGCAAUUAUGGCCUGAGAGACAAGGAGAAGAACCACUACGAUGUUUUCUGCUUCACUUCCUACUACACAGGUCGUUUCUACUAUCUGAUCCACCCGUCCAAGUUAACCUACAAUGAAGCAGUCAGAGCAUGUGAAAAAGAUGGAGCUCAGAUUGCCAAGGUUGGCCAGAUGUACGCUGCCUGGAAGCAGCUGGGCUACGAUCGGUGCGAUGCCGGAUGGUUAGCUGACGCCAGCAUCCGUUAUCCCAUUUCUAACCCGCGCCGGCGCUGCAGUCCAACAGAAGCUGCUGUGAGGUUUAAUGGGUUUCCUGACAAAAAGCACAAGCUAUAUGGCGUUUACUGCUUCAAAGGCCAAACCUGAGCAACAACUACACGUGUAAUUCCACAUGUACAUUUCAGUCAGGUCCACUAUGGUCAAACAUUACUUUCAUUGGAUUUUUUUAGGUAAGGAAAGCUAUAUAAUUUUGGAAUCUACAUACACUAAGUAACACACAAAAGUUUGAUUGUAUUUUCUAGAAUGUCAAUAGCAGUCAUGUAGGUUAAAAAUCAUACCUACGAAAUUUAUUAAUUUUGGGAUCUCUUAAUACAACUUGUAGGUGGUCUAGAAAGUUGAUUCCAGCAGCCCAAUGCAUCCAGAAAGUAUUUACAGCACUUUGCUUUUUCCACAUUUUGUUAUGUAUGAGACCAUGCACCGUUAGCCAACGCGACUACUCUUGGCAUUGUCUUUAUCAAACAGACUGAGACCAGGCACCAUUAGCCAAUGUGACUACUCUUGGUGUUGCCUUUGUCAAACAGACUGAGACCAGGCACCAUUAGCUGACGCAACUAUUCUUGGCGCUGUCUUUGUCAAACAGACUGAGACCAGGCACCGUUAGCUGACGCAACUAUUCUUGGCGUUGUCUUUGUCAGACUGAGACCAUGCACCGUUAGCCAGUGCAACUACUCUUGGCGUUGCCUUUGUCAAACAGACUGAGACCAGGCACCGUUAGCUGAUGCAACUAUUCUUGACGUUGUCUUUGUCAGACUGAGACCAUGCACCGUUAGCCAGUGCGACUAUUCUUGACAUUGUCUUUGUCAAACAGACUGAGACCAGGCACCGUUAGCUGACGCGAAUACUCUUGGCGUUGUCUUUGUCAGACUGAGACCAGGCAAGGUUAACCGACGCUACUAUUCUUGGUGUCGCCUGUAUCAAACAGAAUGAGAAGGACUGUUAGCCAAUGCAGCUAUUCUUAACGUUGUCUUUGUCAAACAGACUGAGAUCAUGCGCUGUCAGCCGAUGCAACAACUCUUAGCGUUGUCUUUAUCAAACAGAAUGAGAACAAGGACCAUUAGCGUAAAUAAGGCUGUAACAUAAAAUGUGGAAAAAGUGAAGUGGUAUGAAUACUUUCUGGAUGCAUCGCAUGCAUCAAAACUUUCAACGAAUCAUGUGAUGUUUGUCCUAUAAAUGUGGGAGAGUGAAUGAGUGAAGGGAGGAAUUUUAGGAAGUCAUGACUUACUUUAUGCAUGCAUCCAAAUUUCUAAGAUAUACAAGCUUAAAAUUACUGUUAGAAAGUACAUGGAUUCAAUACGUGUUUUUUGCAUGUUAACAAACUCUAAAAUUACUUUAAAAUUAUUGUACUCAGUGGUGCUUAUAAAAAUGUAACAUAUAGCAAGGGCAUAGUCUGCUGGAGCCCAUGGCACCCCAGCAAACAUUCAUGAGUUUACCAUUGACAAGUCCUGCUUUGAUGCAGAAGGCUUUUACAAAGUACAGUUCAGUUAUUGCCCUUCGAAUCUUUAACCCAAAAACCAUUUACUUUCUUGGGGUCACCACACCUAACACACAUACCAAAUAUAUUGGUAAUGAGACAGUUAGGAAAGAAGUUAUUUUGCCCCCCAAACUUUUACAAAGUAGCUUCCAGAGACUUUGCCCUUUGGACCCAAAAAUGAACAGGUUUCUUGGGGUCACUAGCGACAAUUGGGUCAAUACAAUUGAAGUAAACUCACGACUGAAAUGUUGCAUGACUGACUGACUGACUACCAGUAUAUAGUGAUGUCUGGAAAAAAUAAAAUACAUGAACAUAAACACUGUCAUCACUUCUUAGGAAAUCAGAAGUCUAAAUAUAUAUGUGGUUAAAAAAAUAACCGACGGUUCUUUAGAUAUGUGACUCACGCAAUGUGAUUCCUUGAUUUUUAACAUAUAAAUAUCCUCUUUAAUGAAGUUCUUAGACCAUCUACAAACUAAAAUAUCCAAAAAUUCCCUGUUUAAUAAUCUAUUUUUCUGAUUCCAGCAUGGCCGUAAUGUAGACAUUUGAGAAAAUAGAAUUAUCUUUAUUUUGAUUACUUACUGUAUAGAUCUAAUCCUUCAAAGAUCAUGUUGAAAAUACGAUCCCGACUAUGCAGGCACAUCAGCAUGUACACACAUAGGAAAACACACACACGAGAGGUCUGAAACAGAAAGGAGGAGGUGAACAAACAUGUUCAAACCAAGAUACUUUUUGGAAACUGUUCUGGACCACGCCCCUUUAUCAUUUUGGACCUGAUCAUCUUCAUAGAGUAGUUAACACUAUACACACAUUUAAAUAUCACAUUUAAUCGGUGCUUUGGUAGUGAGGAAGGGGCGGAGUUAAGUUUGGAGGACAUCGCAUCCACGGUGACGGCGCCAUUCAAGAACAGACUCGGUGUGUCAACCAGAUGGACUGAGGACAGUUUAACACCUCAUGUGUCGGACAUUUAUGCUGUUUUGUUGAAGAAGCAGAGCAGUAGAUAUUAAUCAACGGUGAGUCGCGGAGCACAUUCAUGAUGUCACCCCAAUCCAAAUGUAGAGUUUAUAGCAGAGGUAACAGAGGUGCACCCCCUUAGUCCCAAGCGCUUGUUGACCAUCUGUCACAUCAACCACAUACACUUUGUCUCAAACCCUCGAAUAAUGUACAACGUAAAAAUAAUUCAAUUAAUUUUGUUUAAUACACACAGUCUGAAACCAGAGGAUGCCUCAUUAGGAUUUAUAUCACUCCCCCCGCACACAACACUUGCUGUCCUCGAACCCGAGCAUCAUUGAGGAUAGCUCCAAGGACAGACAUGCAAUGAUGCUGUGAAGCAGAGAGAAAAAUGAAAAGCAGUUGUAGAAAUACAAUGCAAACAUGUGAAUAAGAGAAUCUUGGACCAGUAAAAUGUUAGUACUUUUUUAAUUCAAGGCUCAAAAAACAUGUUGCUGGCCCAUCAGGUCAAGUAUUAAUGUAUUGUCCUGGUUUUAUAAACUUAGAGUUCUCAAGAGAAAAAAAAUGCCUCAAUUUAUGGAAUUUAAUAGGAGACAGGAUCCACCUCCCCCCCAAACAAGUAGAGGUGUGUACACAGUAGAUUUUACAAAGUUAAAUUGACUCUGCAGCGAGUACAUGCAGUAUGAUGGUCAUACACCAAAUAGUGUUAAAUCAACUCUAUCAUGGUAUAAACAAACACUGAGUUGUUCAACCUUAUAUAAAACUAUAAAAGACCUGAUUUAAUAUUAAGAACGAAGUGAUUCAAGACUAUUCGAACUGGGACGAUAUGCGCUCACUGCAGAGUCCAAUAAACUCUACAAAACCAAUUGUUUGGUGCUUGCACAUACACAGCACCUCUUUAAUGGGCCAUACCAGCACGAAUGCCUGAGAUAUGGGGAAAAAAAUCUGGAUUAUUAUUUUCAUAUUGUUCCAAACACAAGAUUAUUUUUCUUCCUGGAAGUACAUCUG